CCGGAUAUCUACCACGUGCAACAUCAACGCUAGCAUAGAGUAUAAGCCAUGCAGCGGACGUGCUCAAGAGAUUUUUUUUCUCCAUCGGGCUAUUUGGAUCAAACAGAUAUCUCUCGGUGCCUGGUCGUAGAGGUUGGUUCUGGCAUUCUGAAGAAUACGAAGUACCUGGGCACUUAUAAGUAGAUUUCAACGCACUGACCAUUGUACAUUGGCCCCAGCUUCAUCAAUUGUCGCUGCAUAUCCACCAAUGUUCGUUCAACCAAAGCAGGACAGCAUUAACCGUUGCCACAUAAACACUCUGAUUCCCACGACGCCAAACACAGUUUCGAAGCAAAACAAUUUCAUCAACUGCAAAAUAAUGGCAGACCACCCUUCGAGACGAGGGGGCCGCUACCGCGACGAUCGUGGGUCACGAAGACGCGACACUCGAGAAUCAGAUCGCUACGAUGACAGACGAGACAGGCACCACAAAUCCCGCUCCGCAUCCCCCAGGAGGGACAGGCGCGACCGCCAUCGCUCCAGAUCUCGUGAUCGCAGAGAUAGGCGCCCGGACCAAGAUAGAGAACGCCCGUAUGAGCGAGAACGAGAGCUAGACCAAGAACGGCACUCCAGAGGAAGCGACCGGCGCCGCGGUAGCGAGCCUGAGCCGCACCGCAGAGCAGACAGACAAGAGGCACAUUCAUCCAGAUAUCGAGAUGCUCGCGAUGACGGCAUUAGACCAAGCAAAGAAAUAGCGACCCCAACCAGACCAGCUCAGAGUCCAAGCCAUAAUUCGCCUCUGCCCACGCGGCCCAAAGACAGGAGCAGAAAGAGUACACCUUUGUCAUUCAAGGUUGGAAAGAACAAUGAAGAACCACUUCGGGAAGGAGAGACGGACUUGAAGGUCAAAGCCGAGCGCUUCGGGGAACCUGCAACGCACAGUGGUGGGGAAGCUAUGAACGAGGAUCAGGCAGAGGACGAGGACGAGGACGAGAUUGAGAUUGAUGGUGGUGUGGAUAUGGCAGCCAUGAUGGGAUUUAGCUCCUUCGAUUCCACCAAGGGCAAGAAGGUCAAGGGCAAUGAUGUCGGAGCGGUCCGAAAGGAGAAAAAGUCCGAGUACCGCCAGUAUAUGAACCGCGUCGGCGGUUUCAACAGGCCACUCAGUCCUGGUCGUUGAACAAGGCGUGUUGGACUUAUUGGCAAGCCUGGUCCUGUAACCAGCGUC